ACCCACGAUUCCAACCGGAGUCCCAAAGCCACGGUCCGGCUGCUGCUUCCUCGCAAAUUCCUCUCCCCCGUCCCUCUCCCCCGGGCCACCGCCACAGGGGGGCCGCGCUGCUUGUGGCCGCCGCCGUCCCUCUCCCCCGUCUGCUGCGUCCCCUUCCCGGCCUUAGCCCCCUGCCACGCCUCCCCCUUCUCCACCAGAAGGCUCCCCAGAUUCGCGGCCCGGAGUAGCGGCGGUGGCGGCGGCUCACGCCCCGAGCCCAAGCCAGGUAACAACGGGAGCAAGGCCGUCCUCGACGCUUUCUUCCUCGGGAAGGCCUUCGCGGAGGCGCUCAUGGAGCGGGUCGAGUCGGUGGUGGGCGAGGUGUUCAGCGUCGUCGGUCAGUGGCAGGCCGAGCAGCAGAAGCAGGUGCAGGAGUUCCAGGCUGCAUAGUUGCUGUUACAAAAGAUGUCAAUCAGUAUAUCAAAGGGGUCUGGAACUCGUGCUAGUGAAGAGGCUGAUACAACUUCGACUCCACGUCGUAUGCGUUCCGCUGUUUGGGAACACUAUGAGAAAGACUUGGCUGAUGUGGAUGGUGAGCUAAAAGCAGUUUGCAAGUAUUGCCUCAUGAAAUUGGUUACCAAAUCAGGAACUAGCAGUCUCAGAAGCCAUAUUGCCAAUGCAUGUCCAGCGAUUGACAGUGCUAUCAGAAAGGGCUUUCAAGCAUCCAUGAUCAAGAAAUCAAUUGAUAAAAUUUUUGUCUUUGAUGCCCAACUCUGUCGUGAAUGGAUGAUUGAUUUUAUCAUCCAUGCUGAAAUUGCUUUCCUAAAGUUUGAAGAUCCUUACCUGCAGCCUUGGAUAGAUUCAAUGCAGCCAGCUUUCAAGGUUAAGGGGCGUCAAACGAUCCGUAAUGAUUGCUGGAAGAAAUAUGAAGAGAUGAAGAAAGUAUUUCUGAAAGUUCAAUUGACGAACCUCUACUAUUUUCUGAGAGUUCAAAUGACAAACCUCUACUUUCUGCCUUUCUUCCUGCAAACUGUAUGUGAGGAUAACAGAGGACAUCACAACUUGACAGCAUGAAAUUAUGUUGAUUGGCUUUAUGAUUCACUUCCAGAUGUUCUUUGGUAUGCUACAUAUUAUGUAUGCCUUUCCUCCUACCAAACAACCAGUGACUUCUAUAGCCUCCGAUAUUGGAUUCCAUUUUUACUGUUCUGACA